AGCAGCUUUUCCCGUCGUCGAUUUCAAACUUUUUUUAAAGUCUCCCAUCUUGAUUGCGGGGGACGCGCAGAAUGCUGUUUCGUGCUCCAUCGCAAUUGCUAUCACGCACAUUACAGACUCGGACGACUCAGCACUCUUUUUCAGCUCUUUGCACCCGUUCAAUUGCCACCACUACCGCCUUGAACAUGCAUCCUCUCACUCCCUCGGGACCAAACAAGCCCCUCUUUGCGCAACAGCAUGCUGUUCCCAAGUUGCCGGUUGCUCCGCUUCAAGAAACUGCGACAAAGUACCUUCGCAGCUUGAAACCCAUCUUGUCUGACGCAGAAUAUGCACACUCUGAAAAAGUUGUACGAGAAUUCAUUGCUCCUGGCGGAAAGGGCGAGGAAUUGCACAAGCGACUGCAGGAGCGCGCUGCCACCUCGUCGACCAGCUGGCUGUAUGAUUGGUGGAACGACUGGUCCUAUAUGGGUUACAGAGACCCGGUCGUUAUCAAUGUUUCCUACUUUUUCGUUUUUAAGGAUGAGUUGAGAAAGGAAUGGAAGGCUCCUGUAACGCGUGCCGCUGCCCUCAUAACUGGUGCGCUGGAAUUCAAGCGCCUUGUCGUCGAGGAGGAGUUGAAGCCCGAAAUGUUUAAAGGCGGCGCUCUGUCUAUGGAUCAAUAUCAGUGGAUGUUCAAUGCUUGCCGUAUCCCUCAGAUUCCCUCCGAUACCACUCGGGUGUCGGAUCCUCGUCAAAACACUCACGUUGUUGUCAUCCGCAAGAAUCAGUUUUUCACCUUUGAUACCCGUCAUCCCGAUGGUCGUCAACUUUCAACCGCUGAGAUUGAAAGACAAAUUCAGGCAAUCUAUGAUCAAGCCGGUGAUAAAGCAGCGCCUUCCAUUGGCGUUCUGACCUCUGAGCACAGAGAUAUCUGGACAAAGACCCGGGAAGAGCUUGUGCAGUCCCCUAAAAAUCGCGCCUCUUUGGACAUUAUUGAGCGAGCUGCAUUUGUUGUUUGCUUGGAUGACAGUUCGCCCGUCACUCGUGAUGAAGCCAGUCGUGCUUGCUGGCACGGAGACGGACGCAACCGCUUCUUUGACAAGCCUCUGCAGUUCAUUGUGUUUGAAAAUGGCAAGGCUGGUUUCCUUGGCGAGCACUCGAUGAUGGACGGUACACCUACAAGCAACAUGUGCGAUUGGAUAUGCACUGGGCUUGAUCGCAACAAGAUCAACCAUGGAUCGCCCAGCGCUACCUCCAAACUGCCUAACCCACAACAGCUCGCGUUUGAGUUGACUCCUUCCCUCUCCAGCCGUAUUGAAUCGGCAGAAAAUCAUUUUGAUUCCCUCAUUGCACGCCACGAUUUGCGCGUCCAAGCUUUCUUUGACUACGGCAAAGAUCUUAUCAAAAAGUUCAAAAUGUCUCCUGACGCGUAUGUGCAAAUGGCGAUCCAACUCGCAUACUACAAAAUGCACGGUGUUUCUAGACCCACUUACGAGAGUGCACAGACUAGAAAGUUUGCGUUCGGACGCACAGAAACUUGCCGGUCCGUUAGUAUCGAGAGUGUUGACUGGGUCAAGGCUAUGGAAGAUCCUACUGUGUCACCACUGAAGAAGGCCGAGCUCGGAAGAAAAGCUGUAGGGUCUCACGUCAAGUACAUGAAUGAUGCCGUUGAAAACAAGGGUGUUGACCGCUUGUGGCUUGGGCUGAAGCUCUCUCUCAAGCCCGGAGAACCAGUGCCAGCCUUCUUCAAAGACCCGGCCUUUGAGUACUCCAAGCACUGGUUCCUUUCAACGUCGCAGAUUUCUUCAGAAUACUACGAUGGUUACGGAUGGGGAGAGGUUGUGCCAGACGGUUUUGGUAUUGCGUACAUGGUCAAGGAACGCUCUCUCCACCUGAAUGUUGCCUCUUUGAACGAAAUGCGCGCAGACCGGAUGCACUUUUAUCUUGCUGAAGCACUCCGGGACAUGCGGGCAGUAUUUGAAGCCGAGUUGGCGGGACAGGCUAGUGCAGGUGCCCCGAAGGCCAAGUUGUAGGGCAGUUGACGGUUGCGAUGGAAAGUCGUAGGAUAGAGGUUCUUCAAGUUUUCAUGUUUUGAUCGUUUUUUUUUUAUCCGAGCGUGAGACGUCAUUUAUUUUUAUGCAGAAAUUAUGUUAGAAUAACUGUCAGAUUACACAAGAGUAUUCCAAUAGGCCAAGCGGACGUGGUUUGCGAUGUGGUUUCUUGUUAUUUGUGUGAAAUUGGGGCCAGAAGAGAUAAUGGGCUCAUUGCGUAGAAACGAUGCCAAAUUGGACAAAAUAUGAUUAACUCUCCGUACACUGCAUUGUAUCGUAUCAACGUUUCAAGAGUGCAUGCGCUGAUAUUUUUUGUCUUUCGAAUGGGAUCUUUUC